AUGAAGCAUAGUAUUGACCUCAAGCGCCAAGAUUCCAACGUUGCCGAGCAUGGCCAUGGUACACAGAUCUCAGAGGCGGCCCGCCUCGAACAGCUCGGUUACACGCAGGAGCUACCGAGGGAGUUCUCCAUGUGGUCCAUGAUGGCGCUGUGCAUGUGUCUGAUGGCGACAUGGGAGGCUCUGUCGUCGGUGCUGGGGUCCGCCAUAGUGAAUGGAGGUGCCCCGUGUCUAUUUUACAACUAUGUACUCUCUUUCAUCUGCACCAUCGCCAUCACAUGUUCACUGGGAGAGAUCGCCUCUAUAUACCCCACGGCCGGCGGUCAAUAUCACUGGGUGGCUGCGCUCGCGCCAUCGUCGACGCGGUCCGCGGCGGCCUGGUUCACAGGAUGGAUCUCCAUCGGAGGGCAGGUCGUGCUCACGGCCUCGGCGGCUUUUGCGGCGGCGCUGCAGAUCCAGGGCCUGGCCGUUCUGAACAACGGCGACACCUACGUGCCGGAGCGGUACCAGGCCAUGCUCAUCUUCUGGCUCAUCCUGGUCUACGGCGCCGUCAUGAACGUCUACGGCCACAAGCUGCUCCCAACCGUCAACCUGGCCUCGGCCGUCCUGCACGUCUUGGGCUUUCUUGCCAUCUUUAUCACCCUUGCGAUCAUGGCGCCCAAGAAUGAUUCGAGCUUCGUGUUUGUCGAGGUCGCCAACUCGAGCGGGUGGUCCAAUGACGGUGUUUCGUGGCUUGUCGGUCUGCUGAGUGCUGUCUAUCCUUUCUUAGGAUACGACGCCGCCUGCCACAUGGCCGAAGAGAUCCCCAACGCGAGCCGCAACGUUCCCAUCGCCAUGGUCGGUUCGUCGGUGGUCAACGGCCUGAUCGGCUUCGCCUACUGCAUCAUGCUGCUGUACUGCACGGGCCCGGUCGAGGACCUCUUCACGACGCCGACGGGGUUCCCCUUCAUGCAGAUCUUCCUGUACGCGACGGAUUCCAGCGCGGGCGCGACGCUGCUGUCGCUGUCGGUGACGCUGACGGCGGUGGCGGCGACGGUGGCGGGGAUCGCCUCGACGUCGCGGACGCUGUGGGCGUUCGCGCGGGACGCCGCGACGCCGUUCCACGCGAGCAUCAGCGCCGUCGACGGCCGCAACGAGGUCCCCACCGUGGCCAUCCUGGUGAUCACGGUGCUGCAGAUGCUGCUGGGGUUUAUCUAUCUCGGCAACUCCACCGCCUUCAACGCCAUCCUCGCCAUGGCCGUCAUCGGCAUGUACCUCUCGUACGUGCUGCCCAUCUGCUACAUGCUGCUUCACGGGCGGUCGCGGCUCGCGCGCGCCGACUACGGGCCGUUCCGGCUGGGCCGGCCGCUGGGCGUGGUGCUGAACCUGGUUUCUGUCGUCUGGCUGGUGGUCAGCAUCUUGUUCUCCACGUUCCCCUCGGCGAUGCCCGUCACGGCCCAGACCAUGAAUUAUUCGUCCGUGGUCAUGGCGGGCUGGAUGGCGUUCGGGACCGCCUACUACUUUGCGUGGGGCAGGAAGUGCUUCAGGGUCCCCGAGGUCAGGACGAGCGAGGUUUAUGUUGGGGUCCAGGUGCCCGAGAAAUGA